GCCGGAAAGCGACGAACGACAGGCUUCGCUCGGCAUGAAUCAUGGCACGCCACCUCGCAAGGGCAGAGAACGGGAUGGCCGCACUUGGCAGCAGCAGUAAGACGCGCCUGGUUCCCCCCGCAAACAAGGAGACCCGCCUCGGUGUCAGAUCGUCCGACUCGGGGGGGCUGGUGGUGUCACGGCUGCAUCACGACAGCAUCGGGAAGGGGGGAGGAGGGCGCUACUGCCAGCAACAAACCCCGUCAUUGUAGGGAACAGACUUUCGUCUCGUCCGCAGAGUGGACUUAUUAGCCGCGGCGGCAGGCAAAACAAGCUCCAGGAACGCCACGCGGGCUAGCAGUGGGAACCAGCCGAGCAAGUGAGCAUCCUGGGUCCCGCUGUGAAUUCUGGGGAUCGAACAUUGCGGGGGAAAGCCGGCAGUUGCCCACGGUGUUGAGUCCGCCGUGAGUCCGGUCUGGUCUCGUGGGUGCGACGCAACUCCGCUGUCCUUCUGGAACGGCACACGUAUUAAGUUAGUUAUAAAGUCGGCUACCGCACAUGUCCACCAGCUUUUCGUCAGGGGGCAUGAGAAUCCACCCUUCCCCACCGCUCAUCGCACACAUUUGCAUCAUCAGACGAACAGCCCGAGCCAUGACAUCUGUCAAAGAGCAGCAGGUCGAUCAGAUUGAGCGCCGUGCUGCCUUUGCCAAGGAACACGAUGGCGUCGUCCCCGGCGCCAACGAGGCCGACCGCGAGUUCUUCCUCGAAUUCGCCUCCAAGGGCGAGGAAUGGCGGUCGCUCCACGAGAAGAAGCUUCUUCGACGCAUCGAUUUGCACCUGAUGCCGUUCCUCGUCAUCAUGUACCUGCUCAAUUUCCUCGACCGCUCGAAUCUCGCACAAGCACGCCAGGGGACACUGGAGAAGGACCUGGGCAUGAAGGGCACAGACUUUAACCUGGCAACGAGCAUCUUCUUCGUCGGCUACCUGCUCAUGCAGCUGCCGUCGAACCUGCUCAUCACCAGAGUGCGGCCGUCGCUGUAUCUGUCCGCUUCUGUGCUUCUGUGGGGGGUCGUGUCGACCUGUAACGCGGCGACCCAUAACUUUACCCAGCUGGUGGUGACGAGGUUCUUUUUGGGCUUUGUCGAGGCGCCAUUCUUUCCGGGUGCCGUCUUCUUGAUGUCCUCAUGGUAUACUCGGGCCGAGCUCACGCGACGUGUGGCGUGGUUUUACUGCGGCAACGCCCUCGCCAACAUGUUUGGCGGCUUGAUUGCGUACGGGGUGUUGAAGGACUUGUCGGGCACUGCUGGCAUUGCGGGAUGGCGCUGGCUCUUCAUCGUGGAAGGCGUCGUGACAAUCGGUGUCGCGUUUGUGGCCGCCUUUGUGCUGCCCGACUAUCCCGCGACGACACGAUGGCUGAGCGACGAGGACAAGGCGUUUGCGGCCUGGCGACUCCUGGUCGAUGUCAACGAGGCCGAUGAGCGCAAGGCCACGACCAUCUGGCAGGGCGUCAAGCUUGCGCUGCUGGACUAUAGGCUUUACGUCUUUGUGCUGUUCACGCAUCUGAGUAUCCUGGCCAUGACGUUUCAGUACUUUUUCCCUAGCAUCGUGCAGACGCUCGGCUACGACAAGCUCAUAACGCUGCUUCUGACAGUGCCCGCUUGGUUCGCGACAUUCAUCGUGGCCGUCUUUGUCAACUGGACGGCGGCGCACUACAACGACCGCUCCAUCCACAUCUUCUGCCUCAUGAUCCUCGCCACGGCGGGCAACGUGAUCGCAACGGCGUCGACGUCGACGGGCGCGCGCUUCUUCGCCAUGUUCCUCAUGCCCGUCGGAGCCGUGUCGACGUACACGCUGGUGGUCGGGUGGGUGGCCAACUCGUUCCCCCGGCCGCUCGUCAAGCGCUCCGCCGUCAUCGCCAUCGCCAACAUGAUUGGCAACACGGCGUCCAUCUACGGCAGCUACAUGUACGACGAGAAGACGGGCCCGCAGUACGUGCCGGGCGGGAGCGCAAACGCCGUCAUCAGCUUCCUCGUCGCGGUGCUGGCGAUUGUGCUGCGGUACAUUCACAAGUGGGAGAACGAGAAGCUGGAGAGGGCGGAGAGGGAGACGGCCGAGGAGGACGGCGAGGUGGCACAGGACGCUCCCACCGGCUUCCGCUACAUCUAUUAGCGAAGGGUAUUAUGAUUCAGGGUAAUGAAUGAAUAGC